CCCGCGCGAGCAGCGGCGCAGGGCGGCCCGUCGGGCGGUCGGUGGCGGGAGCUGGGCCGCGGCCGCCGUCCCCGGGCCCGGGCCCGGGCCUCCUGCCGGUGCCGCCAUGAACCAGUUCAACUUCGGGUCGGGCGCGGCGGGAGGCGGCUUCACUCUGGGCACGCCGAAGACGGCCGCCACGACGGCCACGACCGUUUUCUCCUUCUCCACGCCCGCCGCCUCGGGCGGCUUCAGCUUCGGGAGCGCGGCCCAGACGCCAGCCAGCAGCCAGCCCGCCGGGCUCUUCUCCUUCAGCAGGCCGGGCGCCGCGGCGCAGCCCGCCAGCUUCAGCUUCGGGACGCCGGCGGCGGCGGCGGCUCCGGCAGCAAACGUGUUCCCGCUGGGGGCAAAUGCACCAAAAGUAAACUUUGGAGGCAGUACUGCAACUCAAGCUACUGGAAUCACGGGAGGCUUUGGGUUUGGUAGCUCUGUACCAGCCAGCGUACCCUCAAGUCAAGCAGCAGCCCCUUCUGGCUUUGUGUUUGGAUCUGCUGGCACCAGCGCCACCACCACCUCUCAGUCUGGGACCACUGGAGGGUUUACCUUUUCCAGCGCUACCACAACUCAGGCCGGCACAGCCAGCUUCAGCGUCGGCACCGCAGCUCCGCAAGCAGCGCCCACGGGGUUGACCUUUGGAACGGCACCUGCAGCUGCCGCCACCACUGCUGCCACCGUGGGAACUGCGACCCAGUCGGCCACCCCCUUCAGCCUCGGGGGGCAGUCAGCAGGUCUAAACUUUGGGUCAUUGCCUUCAACAGCAGCCACUAGCGCACCCGUGGCAACGCUGACCACUAGUACCAGCCAGGGACCCGCUCUGUCCUUUGGAACCAAGCUUGGAGUUACGUCCACGGCUGCUACAACUGCUGCUACCACCACAACCUCCAUUCUGGGUUCAACGGGGCUGUUUGCAUCUAUAGUGAGCUCUUCAGCACCGACAUCGUCUACCACCACGGGCCUCUCACUUGGUGCCCCUUCCACUGGGACAGGCAGUCUUGGAACACUUGGGUUUGGAUUAAAAAUUCCUGGAACGACAGCUGCGGCAACAAGCACUGCCACUGGCACUACUUCUGCUUCUGGAUUUGCUUUGAAUCUUAAGCCAUUAACUACGACUGGUGCCAUUGGAGCUGGGACUUCUACAGCUGCCAUAACCACCACAAGCACCACCAGCGCGCCUCCAGUGAUGACUUAUGCCCAGCUGGAGAGUUUGAUAAACAAGUGGAGUCUGGAACUGGAAGACCAAGAGAAACACUUUCUCCAUCAAGCUACACAAGUUAAUGCCUGGGAUCGGAUGCUGAUAGAGAAUGGAGAGAAAAUUACUUCAUUACACAGAGAAGUAGAGAAAGUGAAGCUUGAUCAGAAGAGACUGGAUCAGGAACUAGACUUCAUUCUGUCACAGCAGAAAGAGCUUGAAGACUUGCUGACCCCUCUGGAGGAGUCUGUGAAGGAACAGAGCGGGACUAUCUACUUGCAGCAUGCAGAUGAAGAGCGGGAGAGGACCUAUAAACUGGCUGAAAACAUAGAUGCUCAGUUGAAGCGUAUGGCACAAGAUCUGAAGGACAUCAUUGAGCACUUGAAUGCAUCAGGAGGCCCAGCAGACACGAGUGACCCGCUUCAGCAGAUCUGUAAAAUUUUGAAUGCGCACAUGGACUCCUUGCAGUGGAUUGACCAGAACUCAGCUAUGUUGCAGAGAAAGGUAGAAGAGGUGACAAAGGUUUGCGAGAGCCGCCGCAAGGAGCAAGAGCGCAGUUUUCGGAUCACAUUUGAUUGAACGACGCAAAGUUUAAAGGGUUAACCUGAAAUCUCAACAGAAAGCAGAGGGUUUGGGGGACCUGGGUCUCAAUUUAUGGCCUGUGUUUUUGGUUUUUUUUUUUUUUUUUUUUUUUCUUGCAGUAAAACUUGUUGUUUGUUGCAAAGCCAGUCUUUGCAGUGCCUGACUGAAAUUACCCACUCCAGUCUGAGAGACUGCAUGAAGUCUGUGCAGAAAGCAUGUGCUCUUUGUUCUUUAUAACUGCAUGUAGACUGGUGAGGUGCACAAACGCUGCCCUCGCGGGAUUUAGGCAGUAUGUGACUCCACGGCUGAGCUCUCCAGUACCUGAAUAUAACUUGAGUAUGGUUCAGUUGGGACUUCGUAAGCCCUUUGUUCAGGUCCGUAGAGAGAUGGUUCAACGAAGAACUGGCCUCAGAAGGAGCUGCAGCAGUCUGAGAGACUCGAAUUCCUCGUUUUGUUAGCUGGAGUUUGUGUUUAAAUUAGGUAUGCUUCCACUUCUGAAAGUGGGCCUUGUUUUCUGUACUUUUGGCAAUAUAUCACUUUUGUGCUGGUACCUGUAAGCAGAAUUUCUACGUGAUUAAAAAUUACUGGAUGUGCCAGUA